AUGGAUAUGGCAUCCCUCUCCCCUUUCACUGUCUUACCACAAAUCAAUGCAACAUUCACUGGCAAAAACAGAACCUUUUAUGAUUCUGGCAUAAACGAAGAAGUGCUUAUUUUUGCAAUCUUCACUAUACUUUUCUGUGUAUUGGGAAUGUCGGGCAACGGCCUUGUGAUCUGGUUACUGGGCUCCUCUGUUAAGAGGAACACUUUUGCCAUUUAUAUUAUCAACCUCUCUGUUGCAGACUUUGGUUUUCUCACCUUUGAGAUGAUCAUCGAAACCCACUGGCUUUUUACACAUUUGUAUUGUGACUUUCCCUAUGAACUCUUCCAAAUGGGCAUGCUGUUAAUGUACAGUACGGGGCAAUUUCUCCUGACAGUCAUCAGCAUCGACAGGUGUGUUUCAGUCCUUUUCCCAAUUUGGUAUCGAUGCCACCGGCCGGUGCACCUGUUCACGACUGUGUGCGCUGUCAUCUGGGCCAUUUCCUUCAUCCUCUCUUCAAUUCAUUUCACAAUGAUAGCAGUUGAUGGAUUUGGAAACAGUUAUACUCUGAUGUAUCAGUUCAUCAUUAAUGCUGUGCUUUGCCUCCCACUGAUGACCAUAUCCAGUGUCGCCUUAUUUAUCAAAAUUGGCUUCAUAUCCAAAAGCCAAAGGCGGAGGAAGCUUUUGACAGCUAUUUUGCUCACGCUUUUCUUCUUUUUAGUCUUGGCUUUUCCAUUAAAUGCCUUCUAUUUUAUCCUGUAUGCUUUCAAAUACAUACACCCCAACCUUGUACAUUAUGGCUACUUGUGUACCUGCAUCAACAGUGGCAUUAACCCAGUGAUCUAUUACCUGGUGGGGAGACAGAGGGGUAAAACCCAGAAAGGCAUCAAAGACUUGUUUCAGAAGGUUUUCAAGGAGGAAGAACUAUCUACUGAUGAAUUAGAAACUUCGGAAGGUUCCAAGAUCUGA